GUGAGCAACCCCAUCAAACUGCUAUUGCCCAAUGUAUAUGAGUGAGCAAAAAAAUGCCAAGAGAAUCCAUGAUGUCAAGAAAGCUUUAAAUUUACACUGGUGUACGCAUUUCAUAUUGCAGGUAGUUUUGAAGAAAAAUGACUGAUUUUUUAAUUACUUAUCACGACGUACACGAGAUGGCAGCACCAACUAUAUUUUACUUAUGAAGCUUCGUUGAUGAUUGCUUCGGCACCUGCCGAUUUCAAAAUUGAUUGCGGUGGAAGGUGCUAUAUAAAACUAUACUUAACACGCUGGAUAAACAAAAUGGAACGGACACCGGGUUCCAGGCGGAACUACCGCAAGAUCCAUUUGCUGAAAUUUUUACUAUUUCUCCAAUAUAUUCUGAAUGGUACUUUUGUUUUAGCACCGGAAGGAAUUAUACAGCCUGACGUCACCUUCUACACUCAAGUACAGCCUUGCAAUGGAAAAGAUAAUUCGCCCAAAACUGAUGGAAUUGUAGAACCUAACAGCCGACUACCAACUCCUUGCAAGCCACUGGAACCCGCGUAUCAGCCUAUGCAGCUCUUGACCAUAACAACUGUGAGACUGCCUUAUUUAACAUCUGACCUAGCGCUUCCACCCGGAUAUGUAUCUCUACGCGAAGCUAAAUAAUAUUUCAGUUAAUGAUUUUGUAAUGGGAAGCCUAUGGAACCCGAUUAUCAACCAGAUCAACAGUUAGCCAAUUCACUAGAUUUUGGCUAAUGCAAUGAUAUAAAGGGCCUUAUAUAACUGCAUUCCUUUUGUAACCAGCAGGGAGUUCAAAUUUACUAUUAUAAUUGCGAAAGGUAAUGAUAUGUUGUAGACAUUUAAAAAAUUAUUUUAGAAUAUUUAAUAAUUUGUAGUAAAUGAUGUUUCAAAAAUAAAAUAUGUUUUUAAUUUUA